AUGGCUGAUCAACAGGAGGAAGAGACCAAACCUUUGAGGGAUUAUGUAGUCCCACAAUUUGGGGGUUUGCCCAAUGAUGAUCCAAAUGCUCAUAUUAUAAAUUUCCUGGAAAUUUGUGAUACAUUCAAGGCUAAUGGUGUUACUGAUGAUGCCAUAAGAUUGAGGCUUUUCCCUUUUUCAUUGAGAGAUAAAGCAAAGAGUUGGUUAAAUUCACUUCCUGCUGGUUCCAUUAAUACUUGGGAUGAUUUAGCUCAAAAAUCCUUAGCAAAAUUCUUCCUACCUGCAAAGUUAGCAAAGAUGCGGAAUGAUAUCACUUCUUUCAUGCAAUUUGAUUCUGAAUCAUUAUAUGAGGCUUGGGAGAGGUAUAAGGAUUUGAUGAGAAGAUGUCCUCACCAUGGAUUAGCUAAGUGGUUGCAAGUUCAAACUUUUUAUAAUGGUUUGCUGGGACCUUUUAGAACUACCAUUGAUGUUGCCACUAGGGGUGCACUUAUGAGUAAAUCCAUUGAUGAGGCUUAUGAUUUGCUCGAAGAGAUAGCUUAUAAUAAUUAUCAAUGGCCAUCUGAAAGAUUGGGUACAAGAAAAAUUGCUGGAAUUCAUGAAUCAGAUGUGUUGAACACUGUUUCUACACAAUUGGCCUCUCUCGCAAAGAAAAUUGAUAAACUGAGUGUUAAUGCUAUUCAAAACUCCUUUAUGACAUGUGAAUUUUGUGGGGAAAGACAUUCCAAUGACAAUUGUCCCAUUUAUUAUGAAUCUUGUCAAUUUGUUGGAAAUACGAAACAAAACAAUCCCUAUUCCAACACUUAUAAUCCUGGUUGGAGGAAUCAUCCUAUUUUUUCAUGGAAUAACAACCAAAGGUCCUCAUUAAUGGCUAAGUCAAACUUUCCCUCUAGAUUUCCAUCUAGUGCCCCUAUGCCAGAGAAAAAGCCUUUAAUGGAGGCUAUGUUCAUGCAAUUCAUGACAAAAACUGAUGCAUUCAUAACAAAGAUUGAUACAUUUAUGAUAAAGACUGAUGCCUCCAUUCAAAAUCAAGCAACUUCCAUUAGAAAUCUUGAGAUACAAGUAGGCCAACUUGCUAAUGCUUUAAAUUCUAGACCUCAAGUGUAA